UGUGAGGAUGCGGCAGGUAUCCCGUGGCUCGACUCGCCAAGUGUGAAUGAUCUAGUCGACAAAGUAUACACAUUUUAUCGACACGUGCAUGAGAGUAUGCACGUAUGAGUGACAAAGGUAGAUAACUGGUGUGAGCGUGUAUGCUACGUCGCAAAUAGAGACUGUGUGCUCACGAGCGACCUGUCCACGGUAUAGCGAGUGUGAGUUGGCCGGACAUCUUUCUCGUGAUCUCCACAUUGAUACGUUAUGGCGGAGUCCCAGUCGGAAUCGGAUAAUCUUCGGGAAAUCCGGACGAAAUUUGUUGGAAAAUGGCGACUGGUUGGAAGUGAAAACUUUGAAGAUUUCCUAAAAGAGAUGGGUGCCCCCUACCCGGCUCGGAAGAUGGCUGGUUUCAGCAAACCCGACUGCGAGGUCAGCAUCAUUGACGACAAAGUGAAGGUGAACACGACGACGACCUUCUGGUCACAAGAAGACAUCAUCCAGUUCGACGUUGACUACGAGAAGGAGAUCCAGAAGACGAAGAUGAAGUGUCACGCCAAGUAUGAAGGAGGCAACAUCCACAUGACAAUGGAGCCCAUUGACGGCUCCAGCAUCAAACCUCAGAAGCAGACACGCUAUAUCGAGGACGGCAACAUGGUCUUGAAAAUCGAAGUUGGGGACGUCGUUGCCAAGAGGAUAUUUGGACGUGUAUAGUCAAGCAGUACCUACCUUCACGCCAAGUCGAACUGGCCAUCAUGUCAUUUCUUCUGAUAUUUAUCUUUCUUCUUUAAUUCUGGUGUCCCGCGCCGUAAUAUUGCAGGAAUAUUGCUAAAAGCGGCGUAAAACCAUACUCGCUCACUUUCUUCUUUAAACAGGGACACAGGUGGUUCAGUCGUCAGGUGCUGGAGUUGUGUCAGUGUUACGUUGCCAAAAACCUAUGGUUACGGGUUCGAAUCCCAUUAGAUCCUGAUAAUAUUUCUGAUGCAUCGACGACUCAGCCACCCGUAAAGUAAACCCAAGUUCGUUGUUUCACUAGAGUGAGUUAGCUUUGGACAGUUUUUCAGUUACAUCAUGGCGUCAGUUGGAUGUGGAGGAAAGCUCGAUGUGAUGCAGGUCUCAGACGUUUUCCACUGUGGUGAAACCCACGAGCACGGGUAUGGUGCUGACAAAACUAAACACGUAAUCGUGGCGAACCGGGAUUCGAACCCACAAUCCAAGGUUUUCACUAGGUCCCAAGGGAUACAACUCUGUACAGCAAAUUGCGGGGCCCUAGACGAUUGGGCCACCCCUGCCCCUACUUGACUGGUAAAGGUGCAAGACGUGCAUUACUUCAGGCACUCCUCCUGUAUUAAACUGACACGCGGUGAUCUAACUGAAAUAAUGUCAGAAGGGCGUUACACUUGUAACUCACUCACAACACUCAUUUUAUGUAUGGUUAUUUAAAUUUUAUUCCGAACAAAAUAUGAUUGUGUGAUAAACUGGAUCGAUAUUGUGAUAUUGAUAUGAUCAAGUGUGGUGAUAUAUCAGCGGUUGUGAUGUUUUUAAAUGAAUUGAUGAAUGUAUGUCAUCUGUGUGGGCAUGCAUGACAAACUGUUUCAUCCUUGUUUUCACAUCUACGUGGACAGUUAUUGACAGAAAUGUAGACAGUUAUAUAUUUUGUUCUCAACACUAACAACCUCUCGGUGGCCAUUUUACUCACUCUUGGGGCGGUGGGAUAGCCAAGUGGUUUACAUGUUCGCUCGUUACGCCGAAUGCCGGGUUUGAUUCCCCACACGGGUACAAUGUGUGAAGCCCAUUUCUGGUGUCCCUGCCAUGAUAUUGCUGGAGCAUUUAAAAGUGGCCUAACCUAUACUCACUCACAUACUAACUCACUCUUGAUACUCAAUGUUGAAAUAGCAUUUAGGAACAUAAGUAUUUCAGGGUCUGACAAAGACCAAAUAGUCAGUUCCCAGUGAAUAUCGGUUGUGGAAAGUAGGUUUCCAAACUGUUUUUUUUGCUAAAAUAGAUUCGUCGCAAUAAAUUGCAAACAUGCUUUUUAAUUCUACACCCAAUAUGCAUAAAAUUAACUUACUCUUCAAUACUCCACGACUAGGAGCAAUGAGAAAAUUGUCCCAAGACAACGCUUCCGUGGAUUAAAUACAACCUAGGUAUUUGCAAGUACUUAAUUCUAACGGGUCAUCCUUUCGCUGACCAUGUGGAAUAAAUCAUCCUUGUAACAUAUAACGCAUUUAAGAGUGCUUACAUAUAUUUUACCGUAUAUAACAAAAUAAAUCGGCCUGAAAAAACUGUGUCCGAUCCUUUAAGACCUCCAGGACACGAGUACCAAUAACAGAACACGGCGACAUUUCUCGAAUUCUUCCCGCUUAUACAACUCUACUCUACAUUAUUUAUUUUAACGUAACAAGGUUCAUACAGUGAUUUUCUGCUAAAAUGUGAUUGUUUAUACAUACUAGGCUGAGUGUAAACAAUGUGUUUAGAUCGGGCAGAGAUAGUAUUAAUGCAUGGUUAGCUGGCCAACCAGGUAAGAACGACCAGACACUCAGAGAAGGAGCGAGGGUUGAUUAUUUGUAUAUGACUCACAACGAAGCAAUAGUUGUCGUUGUCCUAUUCUUUCUACUGUUUGUACGUUUUUCAAUAAACCUCAUUAUCUGUAUACUUAA